CUGACUAACUAAGUCGAUGUGUUAAUUUGACUUUCCGGGUGUGCUCCGUUAUCUCAGUAAGGAAUUAAACGGUCAGAACGAGCUCAUGUGCGGCGUACGUGUCUGUCCUAACUAAACGAAAUGGGGCUCCAGGCAGCUUUAGCGCUGCUUGUCUUAAACACGUGGUUUUGUGACUCGGUUGGAGAAAGUGCUCAAGUCUUCACAAAUAACACUGGUUCAGAUGGAGGAAUUUCUCCAGUCUCCACAGAUCAUAAACGUGGUUUAACUGUUUGCAUAAUGAUGUGUCGUAUUGGAAUGCAUUGCCAAAUAAUCAAUGGUCAAGCCAUGUGCGUACCCUUGCCCAAAGCAGUGUGUCGUGUUUGGGGAGACCCACACUAUAUCACUUUCGAUGGCCAACAUUUUGACUUCCAAGGAACCUGCACUUACACCAUUGCCAAGACCUGCAUAGGAACCUCUGAUCCACUCACCUUCAAUGUGGAAGCAAAGAAUGAAAAUCAGGGCAACCUUGGGGUGUCCUGCUUGAAAGAGAUUAAAAUUGCAGUUUAUGGCUACAGCAUCAUGGUAUCCAGAGGCGAAAAUGGUCGAGUGAAGAUCAACCAAAACCUGUAUUUUCUGCCCGUCAAACUUGAAGAUGUGAAAGUAAACAUUUACGAGAGUGGUGACAAUGGUGUGCUGGAGACAGAUUUUGGUCUUCAGGUGACUUUCGACUGGAAUCAGCUGCUCUUCAUAUCCAUUACCAGCACAUUUAUGGGUCAGCUCUGCGGCUUGUGUGGAAACUACAAUGGUGACCCAAGUGAUGACCUGCAGAUGGUGGAUGGGUCUCAAUCCAGGGAUGUGGUGUCCUUGGCAAGAAGCUGGAUGGUACCCGAUGGGGACUCCAAAUGCAGCCAUAGCUGCAAUGGAAAAUGCAAGAGCUUUGAUGAAUUACCUGUUGCCAAUUACAGUAGUGAUCAGUUUUGUGGGCUGUUGGUCAAAAAGGAUGGUCCUUUCAGAGAAUGCCAUGUUGUCCUCAACCCCAAGAGAUUUAUGGAUGCCUGCGUCCAUGAUGUUUAUCGGAAUGGAGGUCUGCAGGCUUUACUGUGCCAGGCAUUGAAGACUUAUGCAGAUAUAUGUCGUGUGGCAGGAGCUAAGGUAUUCCUCUGGAGAGAACAGUCACGUUGUCCUCGAUUCUGUCCACCCAACAGUCACUAUGAAUCCUGUGGCAGUGCCUGUCCAGCUACCUGCUCAAACCCCCAUGCUGGAGAAACCUGCAGACGUCCCUGCAUAGAGUCUUGCCAGUGCAAUGAAGGCUUUGUUGUUGGUGGUCAAGGCUGUGUACCAGCCAAGGGCUGUGGGUGCACGUACCAGGGUCGCUUCUACCCACCGGGCCAAAAACUGUGGAUUGAUGACAAGUGUCGGCAGUCCUGCAUUUGUGACCCUGUAACUGGUUCAGUCACAUGUAGUGAUGCACCAUGCAAGCCCACUGAAGCUUGCCAGGUGGUCAAUGGUGUAAGAGGUUGUUGGCCAAAAACUGAGGCUACUUGCACUCGUGGUGGGGGCUCCCACUACAUGUCCUUCGAUGGACUUGGGUUCGACUUCCACGGGACAUGUAAAUAUCUGCUGGCUGGGCUUUGUGAGCAGAAGAAAGGGCUGGAUCCAUUCCAAGUCACGCUACAGAACGAGCAUCGAGGCAGCACUUUGCUGGCCUACCCUCGACUGGUACGGGUCACUGUGUACAAUCAUGCCAUUGUGAUGAGCCGGGACAAUUCGGGCAAGAUCAUGGUGGAUGGUUUGUGGGUGAACCCCCCUCUAACUCUUGAGGGUAACAAGCUCUCUAUCUUAAGGGUGGGCUUCAAUGGAAUUGUCCAAACAAGUUUUGGUUUGAAGGUCACUUUUGACUGGUCACACUGGGUGGUGGUGACUGUACCAAACACUUAUCAAGGAGCACUCUGUGGUCUGUGUGGCAACUACAAUCUCCACACCAGUGAUGACUUAAAAAUGAAGUGGGGAAAACCUGCUUCAACACCCUCACAAUUUGGAGAAAGCUGGAAGACUGCAGCUACUCCAGGAUGUGUGCAUGUGGAUACCAGAAAUGGUCUCGUUUGUAAUGAGACCCAGAAAAGUGAUUAUGAAAGCACUAGCUACUGUGGCUCAAUUAAAGAUCCAGCAGGCCCCUUCAGAGACUGUCACAUGUCUGUGGACCCAGAAAACAUCUUUAAGAACUGCGUCUUUGAUGCCUGCUACUACAAUGGACGACCAGAUGUGUUGUGUAAAUUCUUCAGUGCCUAUGCAUCAGUCUGCCAGCAGAUUGGGGCCACUGUGUAUCCUUGGAGGUCGGAGACGUUUUGCACUCCUCAAUGCCCAAUGAACAGCCAUUACGAGGACUGUGGCAGCAGCUGUCCAACAACUUGUGCCAGCAUUACCAGUGCCCACAUAUGUAUUACCCUGUGUCAGGAGGGCUGUCGGUGUAAUGAAGGAUUCCUCCUCAGUGGUGACCAGUGUGUUCCUCUGUCCCAAUGUGGCUGCUUUUAUAAUGGUCGCUACUACAAAUCUGGAGAGGUGUUCUUCACUAAUGGCUUAUGUCAAGUGCUGUGUACCUGCAUCCCUGGUGGAGCCAUAGUGUGCCAAGAAGUAACAUGUGGGGCUAAUGAACAAUGUAAAGUAAUCAAUGGUGUCCAGAAUUGCUGGCCGAAAGGUGAAGGCACCUGUACUGCUUCUGGGGACUCUCACUAUAUUACAUUUGAUGGGCUAAGGUAUGAUUUUUGGGGUACAUGCACCUACACAUUGACAAAGGCCAUGGACAAUAUGACUCCUUUUGAAGUGCAAGUGGAAAACAAGAGCUAUAGAAAUGAUAGUGUAUCAGUAACUAAAAAAGUGACCAUCCUGGUGAAUGGCUACAGUGUGUCCGUGGAUCAAGGAGUCAGCUGGAAAGUAAAGCUUGAUGGAAUCUUUACAAACCUGCCUCUAAUAUUGAAUGAUGGAUUGAUUUCAGUGAACCAGCAAGGUCCUCACAUCAUCCUACAGACUAGCUUUGGCCUAAAGGUCCUUUAUGAUACAGCAUCUCACGUACAAGUUACCAUCCCUAGCAGCUAUCGAAGCAAAGUGGGUGGCCUCUGUGGCAACUUCAACGGCAAUCCUGAAGAUGAGUAUACACUUCAGGAAGGUGGUACCACCACUAAUGUUUCACUAUUUGGUGCCAACUGGAGGACUGCGAAAGUGGGAGUGAACUGUAGAAAUGGUUGUGUCAAUGACUGUCCUUGGUGUGACCCAAAAAAUGAGAGGAUCUACACACAGGAUAAGAGCUGUGGGCAGAUCCUUGCCCCCAGUGGACCGUUUGCUUCCUGUCACUCUGCCAUCCGACCAGAGGCAUAUUUCAAGAAUUGUGUGUUUGACAUGUGCACAAAGAAUGGAAAUGUAGAUAUUCUAUGUAGGAGUCUUGAAGCCUAUGCAGCAGCCUGCCAGUUUGCCGCUAUCUCUAUCAAGGCCUGGAGAAAGUCCAAUUUAUGUCCACUUAUUUGUCCUGAAAAUAGCCAUUAUGAGCUGUGUACUGAGACUUGCCACAACACAUGUGCCAGUAUGAUGGUUCCCCUCCAAUGUGUGGCCACAUGCUUCGAUGGGUGCCAGUGUAACCCAGGAUUUGUCUCUGAUGGGGUACAGUGUGUGACGGUGGACAAGUGUGGAUGUAUGAACAAUGGAACAUACAUGAAGGUGGAUGAGGAGAUAAUUUCUGCCAACUGUUCAAUGAAAUGCACGUGCUCCACCAGUGGCAGAAUCAAGUGUGAGCCAAUGAGCUGCUCUGCUGAAGAGACGUGCCUUGUACAGAAUGGAGUCCAGAUGUGCCAGCCAGCAAAUUUGACUGCCUGCAGAAUGAAGUGCCCUAUUGGAAUGUAUUGCCAAGUAAUUAAUGGCCAAGACAUAUGUCUCCCCUUGCCCAGGGCAGAGUGUCGUGUAUGGGGAGACCCACAUUAUAUCACUUUCGAUGGCUGGCGAUUUGACUUUCAGGGAACCUGCACUUACACCAUUGCCAAGACCUGCAAGGAGAAUACCAGUUUGCCCAUCUUUAAUGUGGAGGCUAAGAAUGAAAACCGUGGAAAUCUUGGAGUGUCUUUCCUCAAAACAAUUAAAAUUGAGGUCUAUGGCUGCAGCAUUGUGGUAGUCAGAGAUGAAAAUGGCAGAGUAAGGAUCAACCUAAACCUGAGUUUCUUGCCCAUCACUCUUGAAGAUGGCAAAGUGAAUCUCUACCAGAGUGGCGACAAUGGAGUGCUCGAGACCGACUUUGGCCUUCAGGUGACUUUUGACUGGAAUCAGCUGCUCCUCCUAUCCAUUCCCAGCACGUUCAGAGGUUUGGUCUGUGGCCUGUGUGGAAACUACAAUGGUGACCAGAAUGACGACCUGCAGAUGGUGAAUGGGACUCAGGCCAGGGAUGUGGUGUCCUUUGGUGGGAGCUGGGUGGUACCUGAUGGAGACUCCAAAUGUUGGCAUGACUGUAAUGGUGAAUGCAAGAGCUGUGAUGAAGGGUCUGCCAGGAAAUACAAAGGAGAUGACUUCUGUGGCCUUCUGGUUAAACAGGAUGGUCCUUUCAGAGCAUGCCAUUUUGUUCUAGAUCCUUCAGCUUUCCUGGAUGGUUGUGUUUAUGAUGUGUGUCUAAAUGAAGGUCUGCAUGCUUUGCUGUGCCAAGCUCUAAAGACUUACGCAGAUGCAUGUUGGGCAGCUGGAGCUGUAGUGUACAACUGGAGAGAACUGUCACAUUGUUCUCUGGUCUGUCCACUGAACAGUCAUUUUGAGUCCUGUGGCAAUGCCUGUCCAGCUACCUGUUCAAAUCCCAGAGUCAGAAAAAACUGCCGACUUCCCUGCAUAGAGUCUUGCCAGUGUGAUGAGGGCCUUAUCCUUAGUGCUCAAGGGUGUGUGCCAACCAAAGCCUGUGAGUGCAUCUACCAGGAUCGCUUCUUUCCACCAGGCCAAAAGCUGUGGGUUGACGACCAGUGUCAACAGUCCUGCAUUUGUGACCCUGUAGCUGGUACAGUCGCAUGUCGUGAUACGCCAUGCAAGCCCACUGAAGCUUGCCAGGUUGUCAAUGGUGUGAGGGGCUGUUGGCCAACAAGUGAGGCUACUUGCACUGGCAUUGGAGAUCCUCACUAUGUCUCCUUUGAUGGAUUCAGGUUUGACUUCCAGGGUACCUGUAUGUAUCUGCUUGCUGGGCUGUGUGAGCAGCAGGAAGGUUUAGAUCCAUUUCAAGUUGAGGUUCAGAACGAGCAUCGAGGUCACACUGUUGUGGCCUAUACCAGGCUGGUACAGAUAACUGUGUACAAUCAUGUCAUUGUGAUGAGCCGGGACAAUGCAGGCAAGAUCAUGGUGGAUGGCCUUUUUGUGAACCUCCCCUUGAGUCUUGAAGGUGUCAAACUGUUCAUUUUCAAGAUUGGAUUCAGUGGCACCAUCCAGACCAGUUUUGGUUUAAGGGUCACUUUUGAUUGGUCCAGCUCAGUUACUGUCACUGUACCAAGCAUUUACCAAGGAGCAAUGUGUGGUCUUUGUGGCAACUACAAUCGAGACACCAAAGAUGAUUUAACAGUGAAGGGGGGUAAACCUACUUCCGUGCCAUCAGAAUUUGGAGAAAGCUGGAAGACUAGGGAUAUUCCAGGAUGUGGUCAUGAAUGCACUGGAUAUUGUCCCAAUUGCAAUGAGACUCUUAAAAGAAAAUAUGAGAACUUGAGCUACUGUGGCCAAAUUACAGAUCCAGCAGGCCCCUUCAGAUACUGCCACAAACUGGUGGACCCAACAGGUUUCUUUAAUGACUGUGUGUUUGAUGCCUGCUACUACAACGGAUUGCAGGAUGUGUUGUGUGACAUCUUCAGUGCUUAUGCAUCUGUCUGCCAGCAGAGUGAGGCCAUAGUGUAUCUUUGGAGGUCGGAGAAGUUUUGCCCUCCUUCAUGCCCAGUGAACAGCAAUUAUUCGCAAUGUGGCAGCAGCUGUCCUUCAACUUGUGCAAGCAUUACUAGUGCCACCCCGUGCCUGACCCUGUGUCAAGAGGGUUGCCAGUGCGAUGAAGGCUUCCUCCUCAGUGGUGACCAGUGUGUUCCUUUAUCUCAAUGUGGCUGUUUCUAUAAUGGUUACUAUUACAGAACCAGGGAGGUGUUUUCCCCUACUGACUUAUGUGAGAAGAAGUGUACAUGUAAGCCUGGUGGUAUCAUUGAUUGCCUGAAAGUGAUAUGUGCAGCUAACGAAGAGUGUAAAGUGGUCAAUGGUGUCCGAGGUUGCUGGCCAAAGGGUGAAGGCACAUGUACUGCUUCAGGAGAUUCUCACUAUAUAACAUUUGAUGGGCUGAGGUACGAUUUCCAGGGCACCUGCACCUACACAUUGGCAAAGCUGGUGAAGGCCACAGAUGGUCUGACUCCUUUUGAAGUACAAGUAGACAAUGAGAGCCAUGGAAAUGGCCAAGUGUCAGUUGCCAAAACAGUGAACAUCCUUGUGAAUGGUUAUGAGGUCUCAAUGAAGUACGAGAUCAGCUGGAAAGUAAAGCUGGAUGGAGUCUUGAUAAAUCUGCCUCUGGUUUUGGAUGCAGGAGCUAUUUCAAUUUACCAGACUGGCCUGCACAUCCUUCUUGUCACCGGCUUUGGGCUGAAGGUAUUGUAUGAUACAGUGUUCUUUGUCCAAGUAACAAUACCUGGAAGUUACUGGAACCAAGUUGGUGGUCUCUGUGGCAACUUCAAUGGCCAGACGGAAGAUGAAUUCACCCAGCAUGAUGGAGGCAUUGCCUUGAAUGUUGUUGCUUUUGGUGCCAGCUGGAAAACUCUCCUGGUCACCAUCACCUGGGGCAUAGGCAUCUAG